AUGAAUAUUCUUUGCAACAGCUAUGUACUUUGCUAUCUUCAGGAUGAGAAGAAUCAAGUGAUGUCCAUUCUCGCUUAUAUUGAUUUCCACUGGAAUGACUAUAAGCUUCGUUGGGAUCCCAAUGUCUCGGAGGCUUUUGACGCAACAUACUCAUCCCGAUUCAUUGUAAACUAUGACGGUGAAGUCCAACAGAAUCCUCCAGGAAUUUUCAGAUUUAUAUGCAAGGUUGAUGUGACAUAUUAUCCAUUCGACACGCAAACAUGUUUCCUGAAAAUGGGCAGUUGGACAUAUAGCGGCAAUUAUAUAAAUCUCGACUUCAUGCUGAGCCAAAUAAUAGAAAACUUAUCCCACAGUUCAUUAUUUUCCUUCGUCGCAGGAGUAAAAGGACAUCCAGUAAAUGCCAGCAAACUUCCAUAUGGCGAAAAUCCGGGCAGCUAUAUGCUAAAUGAAUCUAUCGACUUACAAGUCUACCUACACAAUGGCGAAUGGGAUCUCAUGAAUACUCCUGGAACCCGAGUGGUGACCCCAUUUGGUGACUCAUCUUAUCAUGAGCUGUACUACUAUAUACGAAUUAGAAGAAGGACGUUGGCCUACGGCAUAAAUCUGAUUAUUCCUUCGUUGGUGAUCUCAAUGAUGACAGUGCUAGGUUUUACGCUGCCACCGGAUGCCUGCGAAAAAAUAACGUUAGGUGAGCAAAAUCAUAUUAUACUAAAACAAGCUAGUUAUCAACUCACUUAUGAAACAACCCUAAUGUUGAGAUUUCUGAGAAAUCAAAAUGUAGACACUCAGUAA